CCCAUGCUGCUGUUGGAAGUGAGUGAAUCUCUACUGUGCAACUCCCAUCCCUCCUGGUCCGUUUACAUGGUGUAGUAGCCACAUUUACCAUUUUUUAAAUAGAAGAAAUGAUUUUAUCUCUCAUUAAUUCAAAAAUAUUUAUUGAAUGCGUUCUCUGAGCUGACGCUGUGCUUGCUGCUAGGGCUUUAGCUGUGAUCAGGAUAAACAAUCUCUGCCUUUAUGGAACUUUUAUUCCAGUAGAAGAGACAAAUUGUAAAUAAAUACCAUAAUCUCUAAUUAUCUUACAGAGAUGGUGUGAAGGGAAAGACAUGGUGAUAAGAAAGAGUAACUGACUGGGGUUGAUUGGGUGUGGGGUCCUAAGGUAGACGUGGCUCUCCGUGGAGGGGGAAUUUUUCAACUGAGGUCUGAAGAAUGAGGAGGAGGCAGUCAUUCUGAGGGCUGAGCAGUCCCCAGCAUGUGCAAAAGGGUGUGACAUGUCAGAUGAGAUGGUGGCGUGUGUGGAGAAGGCAGCCUGUUAGUGGGGGAUGCCAGAAUUCCGUUCCUAUCUCAGGAAGGUCGUUUGGUCUGCAGGCGGCUGGUGACUGGGGAUGCAGAUUAGCGGGGUUGUAGGGAGAUCUUCAGAAGUUCUGAGAGAGACAUGAAGGGGUGUGGAGAAGGCAGCCUGUUAGUGGGGGAUGCCAGAAUUCCGUUCCUAUCUCAGGAAGGUCGUUUGGUCUGCAGGCGGCCGGUGACUGGGGAUGCAGAUUAGCGGGGUUGUAGGGAGAUCUUCAGAAAUUCUGAGAGAGACAUGAAUGGUUUGGACCAGGGAGGUGGUGGUGGCAAUGCAGAGAAAAGGUUGUGUUUGGAUGUGGAACCAACAGGACUUGCUGAUGUGGAGGGAGAAGGAGAGGCAUUUAGGAUGACUUCCAGCUUUUGGCUUGAAGGUAUGUGUGGAUCGCUGUGCCUCUUAGUGAGAUGCGGAAGACUAGGAACCAAACAGAUCCUGAAGGGGGUAAAUUAAACCAUGAUGGGAUGCCCUUUGAGGCCAGAAGAAGGACAAAAAUUACAAGGAUGACAAUACCAAGGUCGGGGACGAUGGAGAAAACUGGAACUAUGACCAUUUAGGAAGACUGGCAGAAAUUGCUAAAAUCGAAUAUUCACAAAUCCCAUGAACUCUUCAUCCCCUCUCCCCCGAUGCUACCCUUGUUCACAAGACCUCCGGAGAGCGUGGUCCAGUGCACACCUCGCACAGCGGCCUGUGACCCCUUCCCCACUCCCACUCCCAGAGCGGCAGCAGGACGGAGUGUGACCCCGGUCCGCUGCACCCCUGUGGGUGCAGAAGGGGCCAGGCCUCCAUCGCCCUGGUUAAAUCGCCCUGGCCGCUCUCCAGCGCCUUUCCUUGCUCCGUGCAGGCUCCCGCGGGGCGCCGGUCCCCCGCCCAGGGGCCGAGGAUGCCGCUGGACACCUGCAGUUUCCGCUGCUGCCGCGCGGGGGCCGCGGCUACGAAAGCACCGCGAGCGCGCACCGCCCCCACCCGGCGGCCGUCGCUCAGGACAGCCAGCUUAUCCCCGUUACCAGCGCUGUUGACUGCUUAAGGUCAACGCAGAGAUUCCAGGCUUUGUUCUCCUUCCCAACGCGCUCUGCCGUCGAUCUUUCAGCUACAUUCACUUCCUCUGCGGUUUCCCCUUCAUUUCUCACUAUUGCCGGUUUGCUUUUGCCUCUUCUGUUUACUCAUCUGAGAAGGAGAAGUCACUUGAUUGUUGCGGAGUCCCUUUCUGAGCUAGGCCCAGCCUCUAGAUCUGCAACAGGAGGAGUGAGAGGACAAGGACGGAUGUGCACGAGGAGGUGACGCUGUCAUCUCACCGUCAGGAAGCUGCGGCAUCAGGUUAUAUGCAUGCCACUGCAAACUUUCUGAAAGAAGAAACAGUCCGGAGGAUAAAACAGCAUUAUGAAUUGAAAAAAACCGCGUGAGAAAGGAAGAUCUGAUCAGCUUCUUCUUCCUGUAGCUGGUGAAUUUGUCCUAACACAGCUCUCAGGACUUGCCACUUUGGUUAAUGGCCCAGCCAAUAAGAAACUGAAGAAACAGCUCAUAAAGAAAUUCUUCGCGCCCCGGGACCUCUAAAUUCUUCACCAACAGUGUCCCAUGGUCCUCUUCCAGAGCAGGGAACAGGAGGGUGUGCUCACUGCGUCACCCGGGAGGGGCGUGGCUGAGAUUAGCUUGUGAAGAAACUGCCAAGCUGCUUCCCAGAGUGGCCAGGGCUGUUUCACAACAUGCCCUACAGCGAUGUAUGAGGGAUCCAGUUUCUUGAGGCCAGACUGGAAAGUCCUUCAGCGUGUGUCAGAGCCCAGAGCUGCUCCUUACCAUCCUGUGGCUGUGUUUGUUGGUGUCUUUGCUGUGUCUCCACUGCGUCGCGGGUGUGUAUCUGCCAUACCCAGCUUGGCAUGAUCCAGGAGUUGGUGCCCAGAGAACUUUCAUGUGUCUUUGACUCUCGCAAUAACCUUGUGAAGGAGAUAGAGCAGACACCAAGAAGCAGCACCUGAAGAAUCAGGGCUCUGGGCACUGAAGGUGCAGCAGUGAACAAACCAGACUCGAAAGCUUGCUUCAGGGAGUGCACGGUCUUUGUCUUUAACGGACGUUGGCCAUGAUUGCUUCCUCUUUUCGAACCUCUGCGGCUGUUUUUGCUGUAAUUAUCCUGCAUGUUGGGGCCCUGGAUACUUUCAUAGCUGCAGUUUAUGAACACGCCGUCAUACUGCCAAAAACAACAGUGACACCUGUCUCUCAGGACGAUGCCUUCCUCCUCAUGAACAAGAAUAUAGAUAUUCUGGAGAGAGCGAUUAAGCAGGCAGCAAAGCAGGGUGCUCAAAUCAUCGUGACUCCAGAAGAUGCCCUUUAUGGUUGGACAUUUACCAGGGAAACCAUUUUCCCUUAUCUGGAGGACGUCCCAGACCCUCAGGCGAACUGGAUUCCGUGUCAGGACUCCAACAGAUUUGGUUACACACCAGUACAAGUAAGACUCAGCUGCCUGGCCAAGAACAACUCAAUCUAUGUCUUGGCAAAUAUGGGGGACAAGAAGCCAUGUAAUCGCCAUAACUCCAUGUGUCCUCCCAAUGGCUAUUAUCAAUACAACACCAAUGUGGUAUAUGAUGCAGAGGGGAAACUGGUAGCACGCUACCAUAAGUACCACCUCUACUCUGAGCCUCAGUUUGAUGUCCCUGAAAAGCCCGAGUUGGUGACUUUCAAUACCACCUUUGGAAGGUUUGGCAUUUUCACGUGCUUUGAUAUUUUCUUCCACGAUCCUGCUGUCACCCUGGUGAAAGAUUUCCAUGUGGAUACCAUCCUGUUUCCCACAGCUUGGAUGAAUGUCUUGCCCCUUCUGACAGCUAUUGAAUUCCACUCGGCUUGGGCUGUGGGCAUGAGAGUUAAUCUUCUUGCGGCCAACACCCACAAUAUCCACAUGAAUAUGACAGGCAGCGGUAUCUAUGCACCACAGUCUCCCAAAGUAUACCAUCAUGACAUGGAGACAGAGUUGGGAAAGCUCCUCCUUGCGGAAGUGGAUUCGCGUCCCCGAAACUCUCCUGCCUACCCAACAGCUGUGAACUGGAGUGCCCACGCCACAACCAUCAGACCAUUCCCAGGAAAGAAAAACACCUUCCGGGCAUUUAUUUCCCGGGACGCUUUCAACUUCACAGAACUUUUUGAAAAUGCAGGAAACCUUACAGUCUGUCAAAAAGAUCUCUGCUGUCAUUUAAGCUACAGGAUGUUAGGAAAGGAAGAGGAUGAAGUGUAUGCUCUGGGAGCUUUUUCAGGACUUCACGGCCGAAGGAGAAAAGAGUACUGGCAGGUGUGCACAAUGCUGAAAUGCAAAACUACUAAUUUGACAACUUGUGGGCGGCCGGUAGAAACUGCUUCUACAAGAUUUGAAAUGUUCUCCCUAAGUGGCACAUUUGGAACAGAGUAUGUCAUUCCAGAAGUGCUACUUACUAAAAUUCACCUGUCACCUGGAAAAUUUGAGGUACUACAAGAUGGGCGUUUGGUGAACAAGAACGGACCAUCCGAGCCUAUCCUGACAGUGUCUCUCUUUGGGAGAUGGUACGCUAAGGACUCAUCUUCCAUCCCAGGCGGAACCAGCAAUUCAGCAACAACUUACCUGCUGAUACCCAUUUUAUUGAUGAUCGUAGCUUGGCAGAUACUGUGAUGGUAUAGGAUGUCUCUUGAUCGCAUUCAUUUUUCAGCAUAUAUUUUGCUAAAGGUGUUUAUCAGGUUCCCAAGUUUACUAAGAAACUUUAAAGGGCUAUCUCAGUAGUAUAGAUUAAUGAUCUCUAAAUGUGUAUUUUUGUCAGCAAAGAUUAUUUUUAAGUAUGAUGGUAAUGUCACGCCUUUUUUGGCUACUCUGAAAUAUUGCAGUGCAGUAUAAGAGAAAGAGCGUGGGUGCUUGGGUCCGAGAAAUGAGAAUCAAAUCCUAGCUCCAGUCUUAUCUGCUGUGUGACCUUGUGUGUGUUUGUGUGUGUGAGAGGGAGCAGAAUGAAGAGCUCCAGGGCCAUUGUAAAUAUAACCGUGGCCUUUGAAGAGACCAGUAAUGAUGGGAUUAAGAGGUUUAUGACAUUAAAGACAAUUUGAACUCAGCUAGUUUUCUGUGCCAAUGAUUAGGGGGAAAAUUUGCUUUCCAAUCAGAUGGCAAUGUUGAAGUUUAUCUUAACAAUGACAGUUGCUUUGAGAUGUUCUGGAAGAAAUGACAGCUAGUCCAGGUUCAUAUCAAAGGUGACUGUCCAGGCUAUCCAUAGCCCCAAAUAGUCCUACCUGAAGGCUGUGGUCUAAUUUAACAGACACAAAUCCCAUAACACAAGAACCAUGGUUGUUAGUGGUAACACUUCUUUCAACAUUGGGUAGUCUACUUUUUUCAAAAUGUAUAUAUCUCAUGCUACUUGAAAUGUAAGAGUGUAUUUGUUACUGAUAAUUUAAUGCAAAUAUUCUUAAAAUUAAAGAAAUGACUUUGAAUUUCCAGAUUUUAUACCUCCAAAGCUAUUUUGUCUAAUAUUUUUACAUUAAAAAAUCACAAUUGAGGCUUUUAUGGUUUGUUUCUAUGUAUUGCUGUAUAUCUACUCCUUAUGGAUUCAAUG